GCGUUGGUGGUUCCAGCGAUGAUUAAUAUAGUGCUCGGAGUGGGGGGAGAUAUCUUUUGACAUACGUGUGGCAUUCUUUUUUCUCUCGUUAUCCAAUUCUCUAGUGACGGAAUCAUAGCACUUAAAAUGUCUUACAGCAGGGUCGGAGUCGUCACCGGUGCAAACAAGGGCAUUGGCUUAGCCAUUGUGCGCCAACUUGCACUCCAGUAUCCUAAGUCGCCGCUGAAUAAUGGGCCCUUCUUGAUCUACCUGACUGCCCGCGACCAAAGCAGAGGAGAAGCAGCUGUGAAGAAUCUUGAGCAAGACGCGCAACUCAAGCAAGCAAAGGCACUCAAAGCCGAUGGCGGUCUCUCAGAAAUCAAAUUCCACCUAUUGGACAUCACAAGCAGCGACAGCAUCAAGACACUGGCAGAUCACCUGAAGCAAACCCACAGCGACGGCAUCGACUUUGUCAUCAACAAUGCUGGCAUCGCCCUUGACGGCUACAACGCAGACCUCGUGAAAAAAACACUAAACUGCAACUACUACAAAACCCUCGAAGCAAGCCACACCUUCCUGCCCUUCCUCAAACCCACCGGUCGCCUCAUCAACGUCGCCUCCAUGUCCGGCAAACUGAACAAGUACUCCGAACCCGUCCGCACCCGCUUCUUGAGCGCAAAAUCCGAAGCCGACAUCACCGCCAUCAUGCAAGAUUUCGUUGCCGCCGUCGAAGCCGGCAAAGAAAAAGAACGGGGGUUCCCGACAGCGGGAUACGCAGUCAGCAAGGCGGGACUGAUUGGCGCGACGAAGAUACUGGCGAAGCAGGUGAAGGAAAGUGGGAGGGAGGGUGUGUUGGUGAAUGCUUGCUGUCCAGGUUAUGUGAAUACGGAGAUGACGAAGGGGAAUGGAACUAAGACACCGGAUGAGGGAGCGCAGACGCCGGUUUUGCUGGCGUUGGGGGAUAUUGGGGGUAAGACGGGCGGGUUUUGGCAGGAGGAGAGGGAGAUUGAUUGGGUUGGGGAGUUGAAGGGUUGAACGUUUAGAUAUAAUGAAAGGGAAUAAAUACAAGAUUUUUGGACGGGGUUUUGGCAUCGCUGAUGCUUGUUUUAUGUGUGGUUGAACUUGGGGGAAGUACUAUGAUGAUAUCUUGAGAAGCUUUCUCAAAGUAUUGUCGAUCAGCUAGGAAAAUGGCGAGUGCAAAGGCGUUGGAGUCCCGAAACUACACAUGCGGUCAGGAUGAGGAGUUGGAAAGGUACAUACUGUACAUACGCAGAGCGCAUCAGCAUACCACUUAAUGUCUUGCCGACACUGCACGUGUGCAAAUCCAGAAAUUUAUUGAUGCAGUCAUUACCACAUGAACGGACUCACGGGAGGAAUGGCUACGACGGUUGCACCCGGC